GGCCGUUCCUCGUGACAGUGUUCGACAGACAGCAACCAUACCAUCUACCAGUUUCUAGAUCACGUAGAGAACAAUUUCUCUUUUCGUCGCGAGUACAACAAUCCAAGUUCGCGACUUUUUCCACGACGAUUUUUUUUCGUCGUAUUUCGACAAUUGUCCAGCCGAAAGUGUUUCUUAAGUCUUCUCAUCUCUUUAAAUAAAUUAGCUUGUUGAUAAUAAAAAAGAGAGAGAGAGAGAGAGAGAGAGAGGAAGAGAGAAAAAGAGAGAGUAAAAGAUAAAAAAAAGUAAAAAAAAAAGUAUAAAAGUAAAAAAAGAGAAUCGCGCCACCAUGGUAUGUUCUAUUGAUGAUAUCGCCGACGAACUUCCCCCUGAACAAAUUGCUGUUCUUCGCAAAGCGUUCGACAGCUUUGACAGGGAGAAGAGUGGUAGCAUUCCCACUGAUAUGGUGGCUGAUAUUCUCAGAUUGAUGGGUCAACCUUUUAACAAGAAAAUUCUCGACGAAUUAAUUGAAGAAGUCGAUGCCGACAAAUCUGGACGUCUUGAGUUUGAGGAGUUUGUUACGUUGGCAGCGAAAUUCAUUGUUGAAGAAGAUGCAGAAGCAUUAGAAAAAGAACUUCGAGAAGCUUUCAGACUCUACGAUAAAGAAGGAAAUGGUUAUAUUCCGACUACAUGCUUACGUGAGAUCCUUAGGGAAUUGGACGAUCAAUUAACAGAUGAAGAACUAGAUAUCAUGAUUGAGGAAAUCGAUUCUGAUGGAUCUGGUACUGUUGAUUUUGAUGAAUUCAUGGAAAUGAUGACCGGAGAAUAAAUAUUCUUACAUGUUGAUGAUUCGUUACGAUUCAAAGACAAUACAAGUGCGACGAUUACAUUCAACUCUCAAACUAAUUAUCUGCGUGUCUUUAAAAAAAAAAAACAAAAAAAGUUACAAUGCAAAAAAGAACGGUGCCUAAAAAUGUGCAAAGGUUAUGUCUUCCAACAUUUUGACGCGUCUUCGUUUGUUGGCCAUAUCUCGGGACGAUUUAAAAUGUAUGGCUUCAGUGUCAUGGGAAUGCGUCUACAGAUUUUUCUUCUAUUUUAACGAGUACUUUAACUUAAUUUUUUCAUACGCAAGUUGUGAUUAUUGUGUAUUGUAAACGUAAUAAAAAUCACGAGUUCCAAUACAUUUGCAUCGCGCCUAUUAAGUUUUUCAUGGACAGUAUUUAUUUGUUGUUAAUAAAACGCUAUUAAAAAGA